ACGCUGCGUAUUGUGUUCAAUUCUAUUCUUUUCAUGCAUUUUUUGAGUUUCAGGCAAUCGGCAUUUGGGUUACCUGUCUACUCUCUCUCUCCGUACUCUUCUCGUCAAAUUCAAGGAUUCAAUCUCCCAAUUAACAACGAACCCACACACACACACAAAAAAAAUCCUCCCUUUCUCAUGUUUCUCCAUUAAAGGCUAUGGCUGCGAAGAAAAUUAUAGCAAUAUGCCAGUCUGGUGGCGAUUUUGUCACUGAUAAAGAUGGUUCAUUGUCCUAUAGUGGUGGUGAGGCCUUUGCUAUAGAUAUUAAUGAGCAAACUAGUUUAAGUGAUUUCAAGUCCGAAAUAGCAGAUAUGUUUAGUAUUAGCUCGGAUAACAUGUCGAUCAAGUACUUUCUCCCUGGAAACAAGAAGACCCUUAUAACUAUCUCGAAAGACAAGGAUUUGCAGCGGAUGCUUAGUUUUUUAGGCGACUCUCUCACCGUUGAUGUCUUUGUUGCAUCGGAUGAAGCGGCUGCUCGUAAUGUUUCCAACAUGCGUAGUAGGUCUAGCAGGACGACCGUCUCAGAAGCUGUUGGGGUUCCUAUCGUUGCUCCUGCCAAUGCUGCUCUUGGAAUGACCGAUGCCAUUGAUGAUGUUGACAUGUACAUGCCGAAUGAAACUCCUAUAGACUGUAUGCCUAUUAAUAUCAUCGAGCAUCAUAAAGCUGCACAAGUGUGGGAGAAUACAAUCACUGGCGUUGACCAAAGAUUUAAUAGUUUUAAUGAAUUCCGAGAAGCCUUGCAUAAAUACUCAAUUGCACAUGGUUUUGCUUAUAGGUAUAAGAAAAACGAUAGUCAUCGUGUUACUGUUAAAUGCAAAGCUCAAGGCUGUUCCUGGAGGAUAUAUGCGUCGAGACUAUCCACUACUCAAUUGAUUUGCAUCAAGAAGAUGAACACCAUGCAUACGUGUGGAGGAGCUGCAGUAAAAGCUGGGUACCGGGCAACAAGGGGUUGGGUGGGAAGUAUUAUAAAGGAGAAAUUGAAAAUUUCCCCCAACUAUAGGCCAAAAGAUAUUGCCGAUGAUAUCAAGCGAGAAUAUGGAAUUGAACUGAAUUAUUCUCAGGCAUGGCGUGCAAAAGAGAUUGCUAGGGAACAGCUUCAAGGAUCCUUUAAAGAGGCAUAUAAUCUCUUACCUUUUUUCUGUGAGAAGAUAAAAGAGACUAACCCGGGCAGUAUUGUCACCUUUAAUACCAAGGACGACUCAAGCUUCCAUCGACUGUUUGUCUCGUUUCAUGCCUCGAUAUCUGGUUUUUUACAAGGUUGUCGACCCCUAAUUUUUCUUGACAGUGUUUCUUUAAAUUCUAAAUAUCAAGGAAACUUGUUUGCUGCAACGGCUGCAGAUGCGGAGGAUGGUAUUUUUCCUGUAGCUUUUGCUGUAGUUGAUGCCGAGGAUGAAGACAAUUGGACUUGGUUUUUACGGGAACUCAAAUCUGCUGUUCCUACAUCUAGCCAGUUAACAUUUGUUGCAGAUUUUCAGAAUGGUUUAAAGCAGGCACUGGCUGAUGUAUUCGAUAAAUGCUACCACAGCUACUGUUUACAACAUCUUGCUGACAAACUUAACAGAGAGUUAAAGGGGCAUCUUUCUCAUGAUGCAAGACGGUUUAUGAUCAGUGACUUUUAUUCUGCUGCUCGGUCACCACGACUUGAGGGUUUCCAGCGUGAUACUGAAUUAAUAAGAGCCAUUUCUCCUGAAGCUUAUGACUGGAUAAUUCAAAGUGAACCAGAGCACUGGGCAAAUGCCUUUUUCGGAGGAGCUAGGUAUAACCACUUGAUCUCGACCUUUGGGCAGCAGUUCUAUAGUUGGGUAUCUGAAGCACACGAGUUUCCUAUAACACAGAUGAUUGAUGAAUUACGGGGUAAGAUGAUGGAGGCGAUCUACAAACGUCGUGUGGAUUCCAGUCAGUGGAUGACAAAAUUAACUCCGUGUAACGAGGAAAAGUUGCAGAAGGAAACUGCAAUGGCGAGGUCAUUUCAAGUGUUACUCACACAGGGUAGCACAUUUGAAGUCCGUGGGGAAAAUCCCGAGGUUCUUGCGGUUGUUAAUAUAGAUCAUUGGGACUGCAGCUGCAAGGGCUGGCAACUUACUGGUUUACCUUGCUCUCAUGCUAUUGCUGUCAUUGAAUGCAUCGGUAGAAGUCCAUAUGACUAUUGUUCUCAAUACUUCACAACUGAGAGUUUCCGCUUAACGUAUGCCGAGUCCAUUCACCCUGUUCCAAAUGUAGACAGACCAAUUGAGGAUGAAUUACCUGAGGUAACAGCUGUAGCUGUAACUGUAACUCCUCCUCCAUCUAAACGUCCACCAGGUCGGCCAAAGAAGAAGCAGCCUGAAUCGAUAGACAUGAUGAGACGACAGCUCCAGUGUAGCAAGUGCAAAGGUCUUGGCCACAACAAGAAAACUUGCAAAGAAUCCUAGUUUAGACAUAAGGACACUUGGCAUAUUUUAGAUUUCUUGGAUCCUUCAUCACCAUUUUGAGUGCUCACACCUGACGAUCCAAAAAUGAGAGCAUAUGCGCAUGCAAUAACGGAGUAACGACACCAAUGCGAUGUUCUAAUGGCGACUGCCCUCUAUUUGCUUUAAUUUAUAUAUAAAAAAAUGGAAGAGGAAAAAAUUGUGGUCUCAUUUCUUUUAAUUUGGUGAUUGAGGUGACUAAUAGUAGGAGCAGGGCUUAACUUGAUGUAACAGUUUUUUGUUUUGGUUGAACUGAUAUGUAUUUCCCAUAUUUGAUUAAUUGGUAUCUCUCUGCAUUAUCGACCA